AUGAAACCUGGAGUUGCCAGGCUCUACGUUUGUCAGAUAAUCCUAGCCCUUGACUAUCUCCAUGAGAAUAAAAUAGUCCAUGGUGAUUUGAAGCCAGAGAAUCUCCUCAUAUCAGCCAACGGUUAUAUCAAAGUCGCUUAUUUUGGUCUAGCGCGGAGAACAAUAGAUCACAGCCCUCUCAACCUAAUCUUUGGGACUGUCUAUUACAUGGCUCCUGAGAUGAUAAACGGCAGCUUUUUUGGUCCAUCGAUUGACUGGUGGGCUUUAGGAGUUAUCCUGUACCAAACUCUAUUCGCGCGGUAUCCUUUUGAUCUUGACAGGUCACCCAACCCAGAUCCCAGGUUCUCAAGAGAUGAUCAGAACCGUGUCAAGUUGCUGAUUGUCUCCGGAGAGUACAGAAUACCUUACUCAAUCGACUUUCCUUGCUUAUCGUUUUUGAAAAGGUUGCUUUCAACUUCUCCUACUCGGAGGCUACUUGACAGAGCUUUGAUUAGUAAUGAGUACGUUUACUUCCUAGGGGUCGAAUGGGAGAAGGUAUUGAACCAGAUGUACGAGUUGACCUUCAAACCUAACGACAUUGAGGUAAUCUUGGCCAAAACCAGUGAAGAUUAUUCUUCCAUGUACGCCAAUCCACCAAAAGAAAAACAGAAUGAUCAGUUUACUGGCCUUUUUGACGACUUCUACUACAAGGGACCUGGUAGUCCUUGGUAG